AUGAGAGGACUGGAAGUACCAGAGACGAGCAUAUGCAUAAAAGAGGUGGCUCAGCUCAUGACUCUAAUAUCAGGCUGGCCGGGCGCAGACAGCAUGGGAAGAAUCCUUCAUAAGGGCACUAAGCAUGUACACCAAGCAAACAAAUCCCUGUCAGCUGUCAGCCGCAGAUGUGCCCUGCGCUUCCUCGCGCUUGUCAAGAAUAGCGCUGUAGGCGCCUAUGUACAGGCGCCACUGUACCGCACGAGUCCAAAUAUGGCUGCGAGGUGCAUCAGUACUACAAGCACAGAGGUGGUCAAAAGAAGCAAGGUCAAAGCGCAGAGUCAAAAGCAAUACACUGUGCUGCACGAUAUCAAUGCUUACCACGCCAUGCAAACCCCAGCAUUCACAUGCUCCUCCCGACAAAUUAUGGCGUACGUGAUCGCAGGUCUGAUCAGAUCAUUCGAGAAUUCCGCGCUCCAAAGGCUCUUCCAUCCAGACUCUUUCGGCGCUCUGCUAGGACUCUCCACAUGUAAAUGUUUCUGCAAUGAUCUCACACUCUUGCUGGGUGAUUUCGAGCGCGCUUUGCUCGGCGAAGCGGACUCUCUUCUCGCAGAUGCUGGGCGCCCUGUCUAUAUGGGUAUCUUGGGAAGCCUAUCCUAG